AUGCGUCGUGCAAUGGGCGUAAUGCAACAUCACGAUGCAGUCACUGGAACAGAAAAACAACAGGUUGCUCAGGACUAUGCUCGCUUAUUAUCACUCGGGGUGAAGCAAGGGGAGAAGGUGAUUGUCGAUGCGACGAGCAAACUGUUGCCGAAUUUCGGUGAACUCGUCCGCACUCAGGCUCUGUCUUUUUAUGAUAAGCUUAACAUGAGUGUUUGUGAUGCCUUGGAAGCUAGGGCUCCUUAUUUAAGCGAGAAUGGAAUCGGUGGUGUGUUUGUGAUGAUCUACAAUCCAACCGGUUUGCAGUUGAACAGUUCUUGGGUUCGGUUACCGAUCUACGUACCAAAUCUUCAACCUGAAUCUGUGAAAUUCAAGCUCUUUGGAUUGCGAGGCUAUAUUCUACAACCGACGCCGUUUCAACUAGUUCCGAUUCAGUCACGCAUACAAGAUAUCCCUGAGCGAAAACGCACCCAAUCUGUGAGCAACAUGGAACUGGUAUUCAACGCGGCUAUAUCCGGUAAGUGUGUGGAAGAAGUUCAUUUAAAGUACAACAACUGGGCCACACUGACAGUUCGUCCGUACAUGAAUUGGGAACUGGAAACCGAUUGGAUUGUUGGACCCAUUCCGGACGACGGUUUUGAAUUCAGUCGUGAGGUGAUCGUUCGUUAUGGAGUCACCGGAGAUGGAAUUUCACCAAAUGUGCCCGAUGUGUGCGCAACGAAGAAGAAUCCUACCUUCACUGAGACGGAACCGAUAGCUGGGAAUUACUAUCCGAUAGUCAGCCGAAUUAUGCUGAAGGGCAGCCAGCCGAAAUACAAAGAUGCUCCGGCUAUGGGAUUUGCGGUGUACACGGACCGUUCACAAGGAGACUCCAGUCUGGAGAAUAAACAAAUUGAAUUGAUGCUUCAUAGACGCUUGGUUCGAGAUGACUUAAAAGGUGUGGGUGAACCCCUAGCUGAAAACGGAGUAGAUGAUCAUGUCCAUGGUAAUCAGGUGUUAAAAGUUCCCAUUCUGUCAGCAGAAGGAGGUCUACAUCAGUCUGGUGUGGCCCUGGUGACCACGUACGCCAAAGAUUGA